AAAUAUCGGACUUAAUUUAUUGUGUACGAACAAAUUAUAUCCAGAAUAUGUAUAUAUAUUAAAACGUGUUGGAACAAAUAAUAUAACAAAGAUUGUGUAAGGGAGUUUCAUGAUUAUGAGGAUAUCAGCUAGCUCCUGCAUGUAUUAACAUCGUACACUCCAAAGAAUCAUUGUUAGAAAAUGGAUAAAGGAUUCGGCGGGCACUCUAUUGGUGGCAGUGGCGGACAAAAAUGGUACGAGGAAUACCAAAAGGCAGAAGGAGCCUGCAAGCAUUCCAAGUCUGAAACUGAUGUUUUACGCCUCAAAGAUGAAGGAAAGAAAUAUCUGGAUGCGGAGACGGCUGCUUUUCAGAUGAAACAAUCCAGAUCAAAAGAUUCGGAGAUAAAGUGGUUGAAAAUGGCGUUGCAGCAGGGUACCACUUCCGACAAGAUAGCAGCCAAUAUAGUGUUUAUACAGGAUAAUCCAAAGUACAAUCUCGGCCGUCUGGUGUCCCUGGUGUCACAAGUGCGAGGGGCUAAGCACAAUCAGUGUGACAUGGUCAUCGCGUCUCUGAAGGAACUCUUCCUGUCUGACUUGUUGCAUCCCAAGUUUAGGUUGUUCAAGUUGGAGGAGCAGGAUCUGGACAAGCUUGACAUACAAAACGAGCCAAAUUCAAUUGUCAAGACAAAUGCCGCUAGAAAUAGAUUGCUAGCGCAUUGGUACUUCGAGGACCAACUGUGUGAGCAAUAUGAACGUUUCAUCUUGAAUCUGUCCGCAGUGGCCUCUGAUACGGUGGACACGAAUCGCGAGAAGGCCAUAGCCACCAUGGCGGACCUGUUGAUAGGCAAUGCUGAACAGGAGCACAAGCUGUUGGAGCUUAUCGUGAAUAAGAUCGGUGAUCCAAGCAGCAAGGUUGGAUCAAAGACUGUGUUUUGCAUCAAUAAGCUGCUGUACAAACAUCCAAAUAUGAAGCUGGUGGUUUUACGAGAAAUCGAGAAGCUGCUGUUCAGGAAAAAUGUAGCUCAUCGCACUCAGUAUUACGCCAUAUGCCUGUUGACGCAGUACGCCCUGGAGAAAAACGACGAUGAGAUAGCUAGUACGUUGAUAGAAGUUUACUUUGCGUUCUUCAAGGCGUGCUUGAAGAAAGGAGAGCCUGACAGUAGAAUGAUGGCGGCGAUCUUAACGGGCGUUAAGAGAGCGUACCCUUACGUCAAAACGACCACCAAGGUGCUGGACGAACACAUCAACUCCAUCUACAAGGUGGUGCAUCUCGGAUCGUUCAAUGUCUCCCUCAAUGCACUUAGCUUGCUGCAUCAAGUCACAAGCAAGGACCAGUCUCAGGCAAACAGGUUUUACUCGGCCUUCUACAGAAAAUUGUUCGACCAGCAGAUCGGAACGGCGAAUAGACGCGCAAUAUUUCUGAACCUGUUGUACCGAGUCCUCCAGACGGAUCAAAGUAUACUGCGUUCGUACGCGUUUGUUAAAAGAAUCCUACAAGUUUCACUGUACUUCCCUGCCAACAUGACGUGCGCCAUACUGUACACUGUCUCGAAAGUUUUCCAAGAACGCCAGGACUUGAAGCACAUGUUGUUCGAGCCACGUACGGCUGUUAAGGUCGAGAAAGAGGAAGAGGUAGAGGACAUCAGUUUGUCGGAUACAGAGGACGUUCAUGUGAUAGAACAGGUCAAAGAGGAAACAGAAGAGAAUACUAUUGUGCUGUCAAACGUGACGAUUGGUGCGGACAGCACGUCAGAAGCGAAAUCUACUGUGAAGGAGGAAGAGGAGGUCGACAUAAAGACUGCAAUGCAAGAUUUUACGAAGCCGUACGAUCCGUUCGGUCGAAAUCCGCUUUACGCGGGAGCGAUAAAAGAGGUCAACAUCGAACUCGCAGCGUUAGCUAAGCAUUUCCAUCCGAGCGUUGCUCUAUUCGCGAGUCAGAUCAUUCAAGGCAAGCCAAUUGAGUACACGGGAGAUCCGUUGGAAGAUCUGGCGUUAAUUCGUUUCUUGGAUCGGUACGUUUUUAAGAAUCCGAAGAAGUUGGAGGCCAAGAAAGUUCAGAGGAAGAACGACCCGUUAGCGCAACGCGCCGGAUACGCGCCCAAGGGUAUACGCUCCCUUGCCGUUGAUAGCGCAGCGUACCUCAACGAAACGGAGGACCGGAUACCAGUAGAUGAGCUGUUCCUUUAUCGAUAUAUGAAACAAAGAAAUGAAAUAAAAAAGCGCAUCAAGAAAGAAGACGAUGACGAUAAUGAGGAUAUAGAGAGCGUCAACAGCGAGGAAUUCAACGAUAUGCUGGACCGUAUGGGUAGCGGUCAAGAGUUUGGCGAUUUAGACAUCGCCGCGGAUAUUGUACCCAGAAAGAAGAAAGCGCAGAAACAGGUCGAGAUGGCUGCCCGCACAGUUCUGAGGUAUUUAAGACCAAAGUCUAUGGUUUUCCAGAGCCACCGAUGUGCCUCCUUGUCCGGCUUCGAUAUUCAACAUAAGACUCCAACUAUCAAGCAGGUAAUGCCUAUACCAAAGGCUCAUUACGGUGGAAGGCAUACCGUCACUAUGCUGCCUGGAGCUGGUAUCGGACCGGAGUUGAUGACUUAUGUUAAAGAGGUUUUUAAAUACGCCGGUGUGCCAGUGGACUUUGAGGACGUCGAAAUUGAUCCCACCGCAGACGACAACGCUGAUCUGGAUUAUGCGAUCACGUCGAUACGCAGAAACGGAGUGGCAUUGAAAGGGAACAUAGAAACGCACAGUAUGGAGGCCGGCGUCAUCUCGCGAAACGUCGCCCUGCGAAACGAGCUGGAUCUUUACGUGAACGUUUUGCACUGCGUGUCUUACCCAGGCGUGAAUUCCCGUCAGAAGAACAUCGACAUUGUCAUCGUGAGACAAAACACCGAAGGCGAGUACUCCAUGCUGGAGCACGAAAGCGUUUACGGCGUUAUCGAGAGUAUGAAGGUUAUCACUAGCUCCAACUCGGAGCGCGUAGCUCGUUACGCGUUCGAGUACGCCAAGAGGAACGGGCGGAAAAAGGUGACGACGGUUCAUAAGGCGAAUAUUAUGAAGGUGUCCGACGGCCUGUUCUUGGAGAUCUCGCGGCAGGUGGCCAAGAAUUAUCCAGACAUAACGCACAACGACAUGAUCAUUGACAAUUGUUGCAUGCAGCUCGUAUCGAACCCGCAUCAGUUUGACAUAGUGUUGACGACCAAUCUGUACGGUGCCAUCGUGUCGAACGUGGUGUGCGGCUUGCUGGGCGGCGCUGGGUUGCUGGCCGGCAAGAAUUACGGCGAUCAUUACACAGUCUUCGAACCGGGCACCCGUAACACCGGCACCGCGAUCGCCGGCAAGAACGUCGCGAACCCCAUCGCGAUGCUGAACGCUGCUGUCGACAUGCUGCGUCAUCUGGGACACAAGCAUCACGCCAUCAUCAUCCAGAACGCGAUCAACAAGACGAUCAAUCAGGGCGUGCACACUCGCGAUCUCGGUGGCACCGCCACGAGCAGGGAGGUCGUCGACAAUAUUUUGAAGCACAUCAAGAUCGCCACUGCUUAAGACAAAGACUGAGGAUUUCUGCUCUCUAGCUGAAAUAAUUUGUAGCGGCUGCUCGCAAGCGAGGGCAGCGAGUUCGGGGUAUACGUACACCAAGAAUCUUGUGUGAUCUUUAGUGAGAUAAUAUUUCAAAGAAUACGCUUAAGCGCUAGCUAGAGCGGUUACGAUGGCGAGCGACGUUUUAAACAAUGCGCGGCAAGAUUUUGUCCUCAAGUUUCUGCAAACAAAAACAAAAAAAAAACACUUCUUUCGCACAGUCGAUUUUUCCUACGACAUUUCUAUGGUAAUCAUUAACCUCGACUAAGACGUUCGGAAUCUCCCAGAUUAUAAAUGUGCUCUGUAACAUACUAGUAGCUUGUGUAACGAUCCAUACAGAAUUUUGUAAAAUAUAUAUCUUGUACAUUAUAAGUAGUGGCAGUUCCUAUAGACGACUUUACCAAAUAUUGUAAUUAUCGGAUAUUCUAACCUCGUCUCUGUAAGAGUAUAACUUGUACGAAACAUGAAACAUGUACUGUACUGUUAUGUACUUUCAUCAUCGUUAAAGCAAAACUUACUUGACACUUGAAAAGAGAUGUAAUUGAUUUUAUUCAGUUGACGAACUUCCCUAAUGUUAUCUUAGUAUGUACAACUUUGUCUGUAGUUAAACGCUAAACUAACACAAUGUAAAAUUGCCUUAUGUCAUUAAGGUAAUCGUUGUAAAGUGUACAUACUGUAAUAAGAUCACGCCGCAUUCAAUGAAUAAAACGUAAAUUACUUUUCCC